UACAGUCUAUUCGUGUAGCUGUCAUUUCUUCACACUGAACGAUGUCGCUUCUACGUUAAUUCUAAGGAGCUACCCCGAAAAGAAAGGCUCCUGGUGACAAGCCUGAUGCUAAAAUGGAGGUAACUAAGGUUUACGAAAAGGCAAGAAAACGAAAGUUCCAGUCAAGACCAAGAGAAGAGGACGACUUGGAAACACUCGACUGAAUGAUUUGAUGGCUAUCAAGAUCAUGUCUCCAACCAUCGAAGAGUUCGACCCUAAAGCAGCCAUCGCUGAAUGGAUGACCUCAACUCCAUCUGGCCAGACGAGAUGUGUAGGAGAGCGUAUAAAGCAGCCUGCCAGACCCAAGGAGGUCAUCACCCAUGCAGACUCUGAUCUCGACCAGGCAGAUGAGAUGGACCAGGCAGACGAGAUGGCAGACACAAGCUCUCAAAGUACCAGUGAAAUCCAGUCAACUACGACAUCGCUGGUGCAAGAGAAGAUGAUGUAUGAUGGAGACGAUAGUGACGGAGAAAGCGACUGCGAGAUGUCAGGAGACCUUGUGUUUUCAUUGUUGAUGGAAUACAGUAGAGAUUAAAAUGAGAAAACAGUUUACUGGUGUUAUAGCUUUAUUACCUUACACAUAUAUUAAAAUAUCUCUGUUAAAAAGUUAUUUUGGUUCGGGCUAGUGAAACUUGAUUCGGGCUAGUGCUUUUUCCAGGCUGCUAGCCCGACUGGGCUAGUGCUUG